AGUUUGUUAUCUAGAACGCACUGACUCAGGCCACUUUAUUUAGUAAUAACACUCGAAGUUAUGGCAGCUGCACAGGGACCAAGCACAUCUACUUCUUCCACCACGUCAUCAGUGCCUCCUGGCACAACUGUCCAGGAGUUUGUAGUGAAAGUGCCAAAGGAAACAAGCAAAAAAUAUGAUGUGAUGAAGUUCAAUGGAUCCUAUAAUGUCGAUAUGGCUAAGUGGAACCAGGUCCAAAUGGUGCGCGAGAACAACCUGAAAGAGUUUCGGGUUGCUGAAGACAUGCCCAAAUAUGGAGCCGGUAGCGAGUUUGGGCGGGAGCAGAGAGAGGAGGCACGCAGAAAGAAGUACGGCAUUGUCACAAAGAAAUACGACCCUGAAGCGCAACCGUGGUUGCUGCGAGAAGGAGGAAAAAAUGGGAAAAGGUACAAAGGUAUCAGAGAAGGCGGUGUGACGGAAAACUCCAAAUAUUUCGUAUUCACACAAGCACAAGAUGGUGCCUUUGAGGCCUACAGCAUAGAUGCCUGGUAUAACUUCACGCCGGUCGCUCGGUACAAGACACUGAACGACGAGGAAGCAGAGGAGGAAUUCGGAAGGAGGAACAAGGUGUUGAACCACUUCUCGAUCAUGGUGAGGAAGCGACUUAAGGCGGAGGGCGAGGAGGUGGAGGAGGUCGACGCCGAACCGAAGACGAAGGAGCAGAAAUCGUCGUCGUCGUCCAAAUCUGGGGGCAGCUUCAGGCUGACAGAUCACGAUGAAUGGCAGGAUUCGGAUGAGGACGAGGAAGACAGUGACGCAGAGGGUGGAGAGGAAGAGAGUAAAGCUAAAGGUAACAAGAAGGGCAAGCCCAAGUUGACCAAGUCACAGAAGAAGAAGAAGGACAGAGAUGUAGAAGAGGAAGCUGUGGAGGAGAGCGAUGAGGGGGACUACGACGAUGCAGAAAUUGACUACAUCUCGGAGAGCUCAUCUUCUGAAGAGGAAGCAGUAAAAACUGUGAAGGAUUACUCAGAACAAUUGAAGGGUGUGGAUGAUGAAAUGGCAGAGAUAGAGAUGGAGGAAGAGGAAGAGGCUCAGAAGAACGAGGAUGAAAAUGAGAAAAAGGAAGAGAACGAGAAGGAGAACGGAACACCGGACAAAAAGAAGAAGGAGGUGCAGCGAGAAGAAUCAAGCUCCAGUGGUUCUGAUACGUCGGACUCUGACAUUGACGACACAAACAUCACGUCAAGUCUCUUCUUACAGAAGAAGAAGAGCAGCAAGAACAGCAGUAGGAAAAGCUCGCCCAGUAAUAGUAUUAGUGGCAGCCGGCCCACAACACCUCAAGUCGACCCUUCUAAAACCCUCAACGACGCGGCCAGUAAGCUGCAGGAAACCAAGGGCAAGAAGCGAGCGGUUACUGCUGUAGAUCAGACAGACAGUCCUGCUAAGAAGCCAAGAACAGAGAGUCCUGCUCUAGCAACGCCAUCCACUAGCGAGGGCAUCACCGAGGAGGCGGUGAAGCGCUACCUGAUGCGCAAGCCAAUGACAACCAAGGAUCUGCUGCAGAAGUUCAAGAAGGGCUGCCGCAACAUGACGAGCGAGCAGAUGGUGACUCGCGUCGCGCAGAUUCUCAAGCGCCUCAACCCGGAGAAGACCGUCGUCAAGGACAAGGGUCAGGACAAGAUGCUGCUCUUCAUCAGGAAGACGGAGUGACCAUCGUCAAGGACAACGGUCAGGACAAGAUGCUGCUCUUCAUCAGGAAGACGGAGUGACCGUCGUCAAGGACGUCGUCAAGGACAAGAUGCUGCUCUUCAUCAGGAAGACGGAGUGACCGUCGUCAAGGACAAGAUGCUGCUCUUCAUCAGGAAGACGGAGUGACUGUCUAAGCAUAUAGGUAGGUAAUAGGAAAAUAUGCGAUAUUGUUGUGUUUACUCAGGUUUCACGACAAAUACUAUAUAACAACAAUAGUAGACAUAUUGACUUGCCUUCUUGUAUGUUUUUUAAACACUGAUACUGUGUAUAUUUGAUGGAUUAGCUGGAUUUGUAAUGAUACAAUAUAAUUUUUGCAGCCGA